AUGUCGGACUACGCGGCGAGCAAUCACUCGCCCCUCGCGCAGGAGACCGGGAAAGAUGAGAUGAGCGACUGCUGGGACGACGAGACGCGUUCGCUCGACUAUGAGGAGGACGAUACUGCGCAGGAGGAUGACUACAUACCAACGGACGAAGCCGACACCGAGAGCGAGCAUGAAGAGCAGGACGAGGCUGUCCGGGAAGACAUGAGGAAGCUGCAGGACGAGGCAAUACUGCGUGGAAAAUUCAGACUUAUUAACCGCGUCGGAGAGGUAUACAAGGCACAGGAUCUGACCUGGGACGAAGGUGCAUUCCAGGCCGACCUGCUGGACCCGAGCAAGACUCUCCGUGGAAUGAAGAAGCAAUACGUUGCCCUCAAAAAGAUAUAUGUCACCAGCAGCCCUGCUCGAAUUUUGAACGAGUUGGAGAUUCUCCAUGACCUGCGUGGGCACCCCGCCGUGUGCCAUAUCAAAGCCGCAUUCCGGCUUGACGAUCAGGUCAUUGCUGUCCUGCCAUAUUUCCCCCACACAGACUUUCGCUUGAUGUUCCGCACUUUUCUCGUUGAGGAUAUGCGGCACUACUUCAAGUCUCUCCUGGAAGGCCUUGCUUUUGUGCAUAAACUGGGGGUCAUUCACAGAGACAUCAAACCUACGAACUUCUUGUAUAAUCCAAAGCUUCGCCGUGGAGUCUUGGUGGAUUUUGGCCUUGCAGAGAUAAUGGACUCCAUCCGCUACUCCAAACAAGCUCCUGUUGGAUAUCCAAGAAAUGAUACCAGGCCUUCUCGGCGAGCCAAUCGAGCGGGAACUCGCGGAUUCCGCGCUCCGGAAGUCCUCUUCAAAUGUACUAGCCAAACCACCAAGCUUGAUGUGUGGUCGGUCGGCGUGAUUCUCCUGACAUUCCUAGCCAGACGCUUCCCAUUCUUUCACUCAAUGGAUGAUGCUGAUGCUCUCAUUGAGAUCGCAAGCAUCUUCGGAAAGAAUAAGAUGCAACUGACAGCAGCAGAACACGGCUUGGUGUUUGAUACCACCAUCCCUACAAUAUUACCAAAGGGCCACUCUUUGGAACGAAUCAUACGGUGGUCGAGCUCUGUCGUCGAACUGACCGGCAGAGAGCUUCAAGCGGUAAAUCUCUUGGAGAAGAUACUCGAGCCGAGCGCGAUAAUGAGGUGGAGUGCAGAGGGAGCGUUAUAUCACGACUUCUUCAACAACCCUCAGGGCGCUGACCUCCCUUGGGGCGGAGAAGACCCCGAGAACCUGGAACAUCACUCGGCCCAGGGCGACGAUAACGACGACACUGCAUGCGAUGCCGGCGACGAGGUGAAACUUAUCUAA